UGGCGCAACGAGGAGCGCGGCGUCCCCAUGGCAGCCUUCUCCGCCGCGCCCUUCAUCGGCCCGGCCAUCGGUCCCCUCGUAGGCGGCUUCCUCUCCGACGCGGCGGGCUGGCGCUGGCUCUAUUGGAUCCAGCUCAUCAUGGCCUUCGUCGUCUGGGUCCUCAUCUCCUUCACCGUCCCGGAAACCUAUGCGCCGACAAUCCUCGCCCGCCGCGCCCAAAAAAUGCGCAAGGAGACCGGCGACGCAACCCACGUCACGGAACAAGACAUCGACAUGCGCCCCUUCAGCGAGCGCCUCGGCAUCUUCCUCAUCCGCCCCUUCCAGCUCCUCUUCGGCGAGCUCAUCGUCUUCCUCAUCUCAAUCUACAUGUCCGUCCUCUACGGCCUGCUCUACAUGUUCUUCGUCGCCUUCCCCAUCAUCUACCAGAAACGCAAGGGCUACUCCGCCUCCUCGACAGGCCUCAUGUUCAUCCCCCUCGCCGUUGGCGUCCUCCUCUCGGCAGCAUGCUCUCCCUGGGUGAACAAGCACUACCUCACCCUCGUCGCAAAGCACAACGGCCACCCGCCCGCCGAGGCCCGCCUCAUCCCCAUGAUGCUCAGCUGCUGGUUCAUCCCCAUUGGCCUAUUCAUCUUCGCCUGGACGUCCUACCCGGACCUCCACUGGGCCGGCCCGGCGUUCGGUGGUUUCCCCGUCGGCUUCGGCUUCAUCUUCUUGUACAACUCGGCCAACAACUACCUUGUCGACUCCUACCAACACCAGGCCGCCUCUGCCCUCGCCGCAAAGACAUGUAUCCGUUCCUUCUGGGGUGCCGCCGUCGUCCUCUUCACGGAGCAAAUGUACGACCGCCUCGGCGACCAGUGGGCCUCUUCCCUCCUCGCUUUCCUCGGUCUCGCGUGCUGUGCGAUUCCCUUCCUCUUCUGGGUCUACGGAGCCCGCAUUCGUGCCAGGAGUAAGUACGCCUACUCCGGCGAUGAAGAGGAGACGUCAGGAUCCGACAUCGAAAAGGCCAAGCCUGUCAAGAACGCUCUGGCUCCCACCCGCACCUUUGAGCCCGCGUAAGCGACUCGCAUA